AUGUGCACGUUAGAGAAGCGUGGCGAUCUCUUCUUCCUAACCUUAACCGGAGAAGGCGAACACAGAUUCCAUCCCGACACGAUCUCCACAAUCCUCUCCCUUCUCGAACAAGCCAAAUCUCAAUCCACUCGUGGAUCUGUCCUAAUCACAACAGGUCAUGGAAAAUUCUUCUCAAACGGAUUCGAUCUCGCUUGGGCUCAAUCCGCUGGAUCCAAAACCGGAGCCGCAAACCGGCUUCAUCAAAUGGUCGAAUCAUUUAAACCGGUUGUAGCAUCGCUUCUCGAUCUCCCUAUGCCUACAAUCGCCGCCGUGAACGGUCACGCCGCCGCCGCCGGAUUGAUGCUUGCUCUAAGCCAUGAUUACAUCUUCAUGAGGAAAGACCGUGGUGUUCUCUACAUGAGCGAGGUCAACAUCGGGCUUUCGAUGCCGGACUAUUUCGCGGCGAUGGUAAGGGGUAAGAUCGGGACGAGUGCGGCGAGGAGAGAGCUUUUGCUGAGCGGGAAGAAGAUCGGAGGAGAAGAAGCGGUGGUUUUGGGGAUCAUUGACUCGGCGGCGCAUGAUAGCGCUGAAGGUGUUGUUGAGGCUACUGUGCGCCUUGGUGAGAAAUUGGUGGCGAGGAAAUGGAGUGGUGAGGUUUAUGCAUCGAUAAGGAAGAGUUUGUAUCCUGAGCUUUGUGGUUUGCUUAAUUUAGAGGCUAGAAUCUUUGCAUCUCCUAAGCUCUAA